CUCCCCCUCUCUCAAAACCCCCCGAUCACCGUCUAUAAAUAAUCCCAUAAAAACCCCAAUUACCCACAGUGACCUGAAUCUCCCAUAAUUCAAUUAAAAAACUCAUUCUAAUCGUUAUGAUAAUCAACCGAGUGUAAUCCAUUCAAUUCCUAUUGUGUCACUCACACGUCGAUUGUGCAUUAACUGCUCCAAUUUUAGCGCAGUGUGCGUUUACCCGAACGAUCAAUAUGUAGGUCGAGGUGACCGUAGACACAGUAAACCGUAGGCCAGUAAAAAGCGACAACGUCACAGAGAAAAAAAAAAUCUGCAAAAUGAAAAGAAAUAAAAAAACUCCUCCUCUCCCCCUCCCUUCAACGGAGACGAGUUGCAUAGGUGGACAUCGAAUGCAUUAGCAACGCGGUACCGAUGACCCUGUCUCCGAGAUCCCUUUUUUCUCCCCGCGCAUAUCCUCAGACAGCAGAUACAUAUAUGUAUAUUAAUACAACAGUGACUUGAGUAGCGGAUCGUAUUGUCGACGGUUUUAUAUAGGCGCGUGUGCUCGUCAGCCUUCGGGCUCUUAUCAUGACGAUUACGCAACGGUUUAGUGCGACCGAGUCGUGUCUCGCGUACGUAAGUCGUUCGUAGUCUAUCCGAUAGUGUAGCACGAUCGAGAAAAAUCGAAAAUACCGAUGAUAAAAGCACCGAAAAAUAUUCUGCAAUUGAACUGAAAAUAAAUUUUUUUUUUUAGUUUCAUUUGAAUCGAGGAAAAAAAUUUCGAACAAAACGCGAACAAUCGUCGGUGGAUGGCGCAAGUUGAAUUGUAUAUCCCAGGGUUGUUGAGAGCAACGGGGCGCGUGCGUGAUACCCAGUGGAUGAUACUGUUGGGGUUAUAACUACGGCGACGGCGCACGAAAUAUCUACCAGCGGGAGUAAGCAACGGUACAGGACGAGAAAUCCAUCAGAAGCGGGGGGUUACGUUAACAGAAGGGAACUAACGGAGGACAAGUUGUGCGCACCGGUCUACGUGGAGACAUACACAGGCCGGUACGGGGCCAGCACAUACAAGUGUUCAAAAAAAUAUUCACCAGCAAAAAACGCACGACAAUUAGGAUAAUACAGUCCGCAUUGGCCCCACGUUUUUAUAUUAAUUAUUGAAGUCGUGAAGAAAUGUUCGAUUAUCGAGCGAUUUCACCAGUUCUGUGCACGUCAGUCUAGUUUUUUUUCCUACCCCAUCAUCCCCCGGAGGGUUGAAUUGUCCAGUGGAAAUUCGUGGAAAUAUCAUUGACUCGAGGCCGAGGGUUUUUUUUUUUUCAUCACUGAAAAAUCGCGAAUCAUUUGCACGGAAAAAAAAAAAUCAAACGUGUUGUGCACUGUGGGGAGGGGCCUAUCGCAUUGCGAUACGUGGUGCUUACUAAACAUUCGACUGAAGGUGUAAUACGGUAUGAAUUAUUGCCGCUCGAGUUGAGUGAAAAAAAAUAGGGGUGAAUUAUUAUUAUUUUUUUUUUCGUACCCAUCAAGGAGUUUGGCCGUGAUUUGGGCAGACGGAAGUGACAGAGUUGUCGGGUAUUACGUAGCACUCGUGGGCAUUUAAUUCGCGAUUCUCUCGGUCAAUUGUGUAUUACAUAAAUGUGCAACGUGUAGGCAGACGAGUAAAAAUUGUGGAAUAAAAAAGUCAUGGACUUGGUGCUUGAAUUGUGAGUUAAUAAUUUUUAUUCAUCGUUUGUUCGCGUGUGUGAGGCCAGUGUAGCGGCGUUUAAGACGCGAGUGACGCAGGAUUAAUACGUUUUGAGGAUAUUGUGCACUGGUGGGGUGUCAUCGUAAUACUCCUCGGUGUUAAGCAAUUGAUCCUACGGUUUGGGUCAGUCGUAGCACGGUUUUGUUUUGGGGGGUGGGGGGUGGGGGUGGAGAAGAUCGAAGGGUUGUUUUUAAAAAGUUGAAAAUUGGUGGAUUAUCAGUCGAUGAUUUAAUUUUAAUUUUUAAUAAAAUGUCAGUGAACUGCUCGGUCGUUCUCUGGCGAGUGUUCACAUCGUCAGGUGUCAAUAUUUUCAUGUGAAUAAUCACCAGUUAAUGGACAAAUGUUUUUUCCACACAUGGAGAAAGUCUGUGAACUACAGACAACUGAAAUAAACAGGAUAAAAAUACAUAAUUAUUGAAAAAACUAUAGAGUAGAAAAGACAGAGUUGUCUUCCGUGUUUUCGUGUCUUGAUGAAAGUGAGGAUCGAUAGGGCGCUCGCGUGUUCUGCUUGUGGACAUUGACGACGUUAAGGUCGACAGUGAGGACUGAGUGGUACAUCCACAGUUUAUCACUCCUUUCCCCCCUCUCUCUCUCUCUCUUUCUCUCCUCCCCCUCGCCCCUGAAUCAUAAAUAAAUCCAUCAAAGGGUGAAAUCCACCAGCGAGGCCAUCGAAUAUCUGUAGUACAGGGCAUCAAGUGCUGGUAUAUGGGUGACUUUGUUGGUAGUUUAUUCACGACGAGUGGAUUGACAGGAUCCAGUGUGUCAUCUACAUCAAGUGCAUCACUGUUGAACAAUCAGAUUGUAGCUAUGCAGGACGAUUUGUUGAUUGAAAAGCAGAAUACUGCUAAACCAGCGCCACUGUCACCAGGUGGAUUGGAUUCAGUGGUGACGUCGGGUCAGGAUAAAUCUAAGGAUACUGAGGCUGAGAGUAUUGCAAUAGCAAUAUCAACACCAUCGUCAAUGGAUAAAGAUUUAACAACGUGUGGUACAACGCCGAGUCUUCAGGGAUUCACUGAUCCUGUUCGUGUGCCAUCACUAUGGGCAGCUGUACCAGAGGACAGUGGACUUCAUGCGCUGCCUGUCAAUGGUUCAAUAGCGACAUUUCAAAAUUUUCCCACUGGUGGACCAGCUGGAUUGUUUGCUGGCUCUGGUGCUAGACGUGCUAUCACUGCCAGCCAUAAUUUUCAACAUGGUGGUAGUACAGCUGGUGGUGUGAGACAUGGGAUUCAGGUUGGACAGCAGAAUGUGUCGCAGCAACAACAGGGACCGAAUCAGCAGGGACAACAGCAACCGGGCACACAUCCUGGUGUUUAUCUUCAGGGAAAGGGUUAUGCUGCGUGGUCUGGUGGUCCACAGGGACCACAGCAGUGGGGCAGUGGUCCUCAGACUGCUGCUAGUCCAGCAUUGUCACCGUGGAGCCGGGGAAGAUCUGUACCGAAUUUACCACCCCUGCAUUCGUCACUUCAUGCAGCUGCGGUUGCUGCUGCUGCUGGGUUGCAGGGGAGAAAACCGAGUCCAACGUUUCCAGGACAUCCGGGACAGAAUCCACCUCAUCCGUCUAAUAUCAGUCCCAUCAAAUUUCGACGCAGCACUUCUUAUCCGGGAAAGGGAAAUCUUUAUCCACCGCAGCCUACACCGACUUUUGAAGUUACCGCCGCUGAAGAACGGGAUUUACUACAGCUGUCGCCUUAUCAGCAGGAAAGGAUGACGGCCAACGGAAAUUCAUCGCUCGAUAAUAUGCGAACUCUGGAUCAUUACUUGAACGACAUAAUGCGAGCAGGAGCAGCUGACACACCGGAGCAUCUGAAGGGAUUUAUAAACUCGAAUGUCAGCACACUACAGUCACUCGCGCAGUUGCAUGGCAAAUCACCGUUCUUCCCGGGUCUCGAGGAGCAAGGUGGAACCCUUCUGGAGGAUCCAAAUGCACCGGGUCAACUCGACGGUGUCAAUGUUGGUGUGGGAGUGGGUGUGGGUGUGAGCGGUGGUAUGAAUGCACCGCAGAAUGCGCCCUUAUCAUCACCGAGCCGCAGCAGCCCUCACAGCCAGGGCAGCGAGACCGGUGAACGCUACUCGCGGAAGGUCUUUGUUGGAGGUCUACCGCCGGACAUCGACGAAGACGAAAUCACAGCUAGUUUCCGGCGAUUUGGGCAGCUGGUGGUUGACUGGCCACACAAGGCCGAGAGCAAAUCGUACUUUCCACCUAAGGGAUACGCCUUUUUACUAUUCCAGGAUGAAAGUUCAGUGCAACAGUUGAUUGACGCGUGUAUUCAGGAUGAGGACAAGCUCUACCUGUGUGUGAGUUCACCAACAAUCAAGGACAAACCAGUGCAGAUACGUCCUUGGCGUUUGAGCGACGCUGACUUUGUUCUUGAUGCAUCAAUGACACUCGAUCCACGAAAAACAGUGUUUGUCGGUGGUGUACCACGGCCAUUAAAAGCUGUCGAACUUGCCAUGAUAAUGGAUCGGCUUUAUGGUGGUGUUUGCUACGCUGGAAUUGAUACCGAUCCAGAGCUCAAGUAUCCCAAAGGGGCUGGACGCGUUGCUUUCAGCAAUCAACAGAGUUACAUCAGUGCCAUUUCGGCGAGAUUUGUACAGUUGCAACAUGGCGAUAUUGACAAAAGGGUCGAGGUGAAGCCCUACGUUCUUGACGAUCAAAUGUGUGACGAGUGUCAGGGACAACGUUGUGGUGGCAAAUUCGCCCCCUUCUUCUGUGCAAAUGUAACCUGCCUUCAGUACUACUGUGAACACUGCUGGGCAACCAUUCACUCCCGACCUGGUCGAGAAUUCCACAAGCCCCUGGUCAAAGAAGGCGCAGAUAGACCCCGAGCCGUACCAUUUCGCUGGUGUUAACCCCAACUGCAUCGCACCUAAUGAUCGUCACGGCCCUUAGCUAAUUAACUGUCAACCCAGCCUCUACUACCCCGAGUCCCUCUCCCCCAAUACCGUUUAACUAUCACUAUCUAUACCGUCUACUCGUCACUAUUUACUACUGAAUUUUAUCGCUAAUCUAAUUCUUGCUCUACACCUUUAUUACUCUCUAAAUUAACCGACGAAAAGAUGCGAAGAAAAAAAAAAUAACUGGAUUAUUACGACUCGAUGAGGCUUUCUCGGAUGUUCGAGAAGCCGGGGGAUUGUCAAAUGACAUGAAUUUGAGAAACGUAAGUGAAAUGAUAAUUGACGGCCCAUCGAUGACGAUCAUUAACCUUUGAGUCUCAUCGAUUGUCACCAGGAGGCGAGUGACAAGUUGCGAAAAAGGAAGCGAUGAAAAAAAAUAUAUAUUGUGAGACAGUGAAACACUUUCCUCACCCUCUUCCACUGAUUUAGAGAGGCUGGAAUGCACUGACUAAUUCUUACAUCCUCGGGGGGGUCAUUGAGACGCUGAACACGACAGAAUUAUCGGAGUGAAUAAUUGAUGACAUUUUUCUUUUCAAUCUAUGAUGAUACAAGGGACGAAGCAAGUGCGUACUAAAUGAUGUCACGUUUCAUCGCCUGUGUACUAGCGAGAUAUAUGAAAAUUCUCUGUAUCGCAAGUCUCUAGAUAUUUAAGAAAAAAAAUUUUGAACUAAGGUGAUGAUUAUUCAAAUAGGGAAUGAAUUUGCGGUGUGAAAUUUUUUUUUAAGCGCAUAAUCUCCUUGUUUCAGGGAGUGCGUUGUGGAUUGGCAGUGAAGUGAGACGAUAAUGACGAGAUAAGUGUUUUGAAGGUGGGAAUGAUGUUGAAGAGUUUAAUUUUUUUAUUAUUUUUUGUUUCUUUAUUAUUUUAUUUGUUUUUAUUUUUUUUUUUUUUCAAUUUAAUAUAUUUUUGAGCUCAGAAGAAGCUCGAUACUCGACGGCUCACAGGGAGGGUAGUUCACGAAUCUCUCGUGUUUAAUUGAUAAAUCGUGAUGACGAAAGAUUUUUUUUUUCUAAUUAGCGUCAAUUUCAGUUGAUAAAUAAGUAACGAGAAUUCGUUUUUAUACCUUUCGUCGAAUUUGAGUUUCUUCCCAGUAUUCAAUUGACUUUUAUUUUUUAUUCAUUGAUUUAUCGAUUGAAUGGUGUGUGUAGAUUUUUCAUGAACCGAGUGAUUCAUUAGAAGAAAAAAAAACGCAACUCUUGAUAUAAAGACUAGUCUGUUCCAAUGUUUAAUGUUCAUUUAUCAAUUGAGGCUUGAAAUCAAGUCUAAAUACUGAACAAUGUCUUUAUAAAAAUAGAUUUGCAUAUUUACCCGAAACCCCCUCCACCCAUCAAACCCCCUCUCCAAUUUGUAAAUAGCUAGUUGAACUAUUUACCGGAUAAAAAAAACAAGGGCCCUCCCAUUAUCCCCUCUCAACGCCCUCUUAAUGUACCUAACUAACGCGCAGUAGCAGCGGUCAAGAAAAAUAAGCACACUUAAACGAAAAAAAAAUGGGAAAAAAAUUAAGUAAUAAAAUUACCAAAAAAAACCCACACUUUUUCUUCUCGGUGUAUAUAAUCAAACAAAUGCAAUCGCGUAGUUCAAAUUGAAAAGAGAAAUGGUACGGUUUAAUACAUUUUCACACGACACGGACAGUCUACGAAAAUUUAACGAAAAACAAGGUGCAAUUUAUUGGCAAUUUUACGCGUACAUUACGUGCGUUACAAUGGACAUUAGACGAGUACAAUUGUGAUGGUGGAGGAGAAAGUAUUGGUGGAAUUAUGGACAAUGAUAAAAUUUUUCAUUGUGAAUAAACAUUUUUCUUUCUAGUUAUGGUGCAGUGGUAAAGUGGAUUUCUCGUAAUUUUUUCAUGUGAGAAUAGAAAAUUCCCUGAUUUGUUGGAUUAAAUUUCUUGGAUUUUUUCGACUAAAUUAUCAGAAAGUCAAUUAGAUAAUUCAUGGAGUCGAGAAUUCUUUCAGGAGAUAAUACCAUUGUAAAGUUAAUUGUUUUAAUUUUGAAAUAAAAAAUUUCCUUGAUAUUGUUUCAUGAAUUCUCUUAUCAUGAAGUCAAUUAGACAAUUAAUUAAUUAGGUGAUGAAUUAAAAAAUAAAUGACUAGUGAAUAUUUGCAUUUUACCACUCCACUACCAAAGUAUUCAUUCCACAUUUCUAUUACAUCACACAUUUUCUAAUAUCCACCGAAACAAAUACACAGAGAACGGUAACACGUAGUAAAUUGCGCAAUUUAAUUAUCACAAAUAAGCAAUUAAACACAAUUUAAUGAAAAUAAAAAGAUUAGAGUGAAGAUGAAAAGCAAAAAAGGUAAAAAAAAACAAAGUAAUCUCCACAUAUAUAUACACAUAUAUAUAUUUAUUUUUUUGGUCUCCUUUUUGUAUAUAAUGCUCGCCGCCGUAGGAAAUGGCUGGCAUAAUUACAUAGGAAGGAAAAAUGGGGAUAAUUAAAUCGCAGUUUUCGAUGUCACGCGAGAAAAUUCAAACGCGAGAUUUUCGAUGAAAACAAAUUUAACAAAGCACAUGUAACGUCACCCUUGAACUCUCCUCCCGCGUGAUUGAGCCGAAUUGAGUGUCACUCAGUUCGAUGGAAAUAAAAAUGUUAUAUAGGCAAAUUUUCGGUACAGUAGAUAAAGUAAUAAACUCAAUUAAACGGAAAAUAUAUAUUAAAUAGGUGAAUAAAUGAGGGAUGUGUUGACGUUCUCGGGGAUUCUGUUCACAAAUUUUUUUUUAAUUCAAUGGAUUUGAUUUCUGAAACAUUUUUCUGAUGGAAGGGACGAACAAAUAAUUUUUUUUGAGUAAAUAGAGAAUAAUUUUAAAAAUAAAACAUAAAUAUUGAGUUACAGGUUUAAUAAUUUAACUGCGUAAUUCAUUUAAUAUUUUUUAACGUUUCUAAAUUCAAGAGUCUCCCCCCUGAACGUUGAAAUACAACCUCAAUAAAAAACAUUUGGGACAACGUGUCGUCAGACCUAGUUAGUGCAAUUUCAAACGCAAAUGUGAAUUUUUUAGAUAAAAAUGAAUAUUGAAUAAUGCGGGUAACAAUAAACUACCCUAACAUCAAUAGGACCUUUGGAGAAAAAGCCGUUCGCGGAUGGAAAAAUUUAUAAAUAUAUAUAUUGUAUAUGUAAUAUAAAUAUAAAUCAAUUCAUACAAUUUUUAGAUAUAAAGUCAUAGUUUGCGCAUAACGAGAACUUUUUUGUCCAUAAAGAUAUAAAUUUUUAAAUGAAUAAAAUAUCUCAACGGAGUUUUUGAAGUACCGAGAAUGUAUUUCAACACACGUUCACACAUUUACAUUUAAAAAAAUGAAAACAAUACAAUUUUGGGUGCAUGACUGCAUGCAAAUCAUAUACGAAAGAGGUAAAUGAAUUAUAAUAGAAAAAUCCGUACACAGCGCCUGUGCGUUUUUAGAUUAAAAUAAACAAAACAGAAUAAAAGUAAUAAUUGUAAUAGCAAAGAUCGUAAUUUUUCGGCCAUUGGGUAUGUGUAGCUUACUGUCUAUCCUGCUCUGUGUCAUCAAGAUGUUUUUUCGUGUCGUAAUAAUGCUGAGUCGGAAUGAAAAACUUGAAAAAAAAAAUAACAACAAUUCAUUGUCGUUAAUGCCAGGUCGCGCGCGAAUACUGGAUCCAGUCGGUGUGAAAUUCCUCGUUAAGACGAAAAUCCAUAGUCCGUUGUGUAGAAUUAUAUUUUUAUAGUAGUGCAUAAAACUUUUAACGGAAUGGUAUUACACGUGUCGUAAAGCUACUGGAAAAUUGCGCAAGUGCAGGAACAUUCGGGGUAAUUAAAACUCUCGGGACAAUGGACACUUGAUGAUUAUUACAGCAAUUGCAGGGAGUGGGAUGAAAAGGGGAAGAGGAAUUGAUUACAGUGACAACUGGAUAAUUGCCAGGGACUCCUUCAUUCCCAGAAAAAUCUGCCCUCAAUUUUUGCCUCUCCAUAAUUUUGAUGCUGAUUAUGAGAAAAAAAAAAUUGAAAAAUCAGCUCAUCCCACCGUGUCACACCCCCACCCCAAAGCAACCCCAACGGCAUAACGUGACUCUGAACACGGUAUGAACAACGUAAUUUUUUUCCGAAAAGAAAACUCCUCUCACCAUAAAAAAAAGCGUAAAAAUCCAAUUUUCCACUUUAACUGAUUCACUUCCCCUACGGAAGGACUUUCAAAAAAUCUCACCGACACCUGAGAGAAUUACCGAAAAAUGUUCCCCACGAUGUUCUCCAACUAAUUAAGAUGCCCCCGAAAACCCCAGAAGCUCAUUCUGUUCCAUUUCGUCCUUCCCACGGACAUAAAUAUUCACUAAAAAUGUUUAGAGCUCAAUUUUGUCGCUCACUGAUUACCGAACGGACUAAAAAAAUAGCACCGACGGUGCAGUAAUUUUUCCCAGACAGCAACUAACAAUUACGCAACGUUAUUUUUACCGAUUUCAUCCCUUCGCGCCCUCAACCCCCUCGCCCCCGACGAGGUUCCACCCGCGCGUGCCGUAAGAGCACGAAACACCGGGCGCGAGACGAUAUAUUUGUAAACGAAAAAAAAAAAAAUGAUAAAACCCUUUUCGAGGACUUACCGAUCGAUACUGAGGUUUAACAAAAUACUAAUUAACUAUGUUAGAUGUGAUUCAUCACCUCCUUUGUAAUAUGUGUGAUAAAGCAUAAUAUAUAUAUAUUAAUGUAUGUAUAUCAAAAUAUACAUAUGUGUGUAUAUAUAUAUGUACUAAUAUAUAAUUGAUAAUAAUAAUUUAAAUAUUUAUUAUAUCGCUGCAUACCUUAAAGGUUUGCAAUUGAGAUGAAAAAUAAUAAUAAUUAAAAAAAAAACAAAAUAUUAGGUACUAAUUGCACCGUACGAGAAUAAUGAUGAAGAAAUAAGCAAAACAAUGAAACAUUCACCCGAAGCAACAGUAAUCACUAAUUGCAAUUAAACGACAAGUAACUUAUUUAUCAUUUUUUUUAAUUAAAAAAAAAAUGCAUAUUCCACGCGCGCGUUCUUUAAUUCGUCGAAGCAACUUAAAAAAAUAUAAAACUCCCCCUCCCUUCCCACACCCCCCUACCCGCCCCCGUCACAAGAUAAAUAAUAAUGAGGAUGAGAAGGUAAAAAAACAAGUCGAUAAUAACGAGAACGAGGAAAACGUUUUUAUUAAAUAAAUUCAAUUAAAUGAAAUGCAUCUCUCGGACGUUUCGAUUCGUUCGAUAUUUAUAAAUAUUUUAAAUAAAUUGAAAAUAAUAAAAAAAAAUUGUAAUAGCUAAUCGAACUCUCAUCAACAGCCACUCACGGUGGCUGAGAGUCGUAACAAUGGUAGUCAUUUAACGAUAGAUUUGUAUUUUUCAGUGUUGAAAAAGUUUUUUAUACCGCUGUUAUAUUCUUGUCUAAAUGUCUUAGUUCAGGAGUACGAUUGCAAGUGUGUAAAAUUGUGAGUAUGACAAAAGAAAGGGGAAAAAAAUAAAAAAAAAACAUAGGAGAGAUGUGUGAUGCAGAUUUACCGGCAUCGUCGAUAUACGUGUGGAAAAUAGGAUGAAAAAAGGGGGCAAAAAAAAAAAAAUUGUGCAUGAAAGUGAUUGAUAUGAAUUUGUUUUCGAUUAGGAAAUUUAGAAAAAAUAAUAAUCCAGAGACUUGACGCGCGAGUCGUCCAGUUUAAUCGUCGAAAUUCGGGGGAAAAGUAUUUUUUUUUCUGGUCGAUUGAAUAAAUUGAUUCGAAUUUUAGGGGCAACAUACAAUUUAUACUCAUGAAUGGGCGCGAUAAGAGGAAACAUACACAGACACAUUUCGUACAUAUGUAAAGGGCCACUGCUGCUCAUACCUCCUCUUCCCCUCCCCCCCUCCCAUACCCCAUCGCCAAUAAUUAACCUAAUUAAUUUUCUUUAUUAUUUCAACAGCGAAAUAUUUUCAUUCAUUUUUUUUCCUCUCGCUAAAGUGAAUUUUUAUUUUUUUAUAUAGAAUUAUUGAAUUACCAUAAAACAUAAUUGUAGAUUUAAACAAAUCCUUAGUGUCUAUAGUGAAAAACAAACUCCGGAUAUUGUUUUUUUGUUAAUACAUACAUAUAUAUAUUUUUUUUAAAAAAAGGAAAAAAGAUGGAAAAACUGAGAAAAGCCUAUGGAAAAAAUAUAUAUAUUAAUUGCUCGUGCAAUCGGGGAAAUGAAUAAUCUGAUGCCUGAGAGGCACAUCUGUGACCUGUGAAUUCUUUUCUUUUCUUUUUUUCUUUCCAUGAAUUUUGCAAUUUCCUUCGGGGAUGUACAGACACGAGGGCAUCAGCUUCCUGCUGAAUACGGUGAUUAUUCGAUGCUGAGGGACUCGAUUACGUUAAAUAAUCGAUUUGAAAUGUCACCUGAGCGUGGAUAAAACCCAUACGAAUCUAUUUUUUUGUAAUACACGAACGUAAUUAAUCAAUUUUUAAUUAUUAUUUUUCCAUCCUAGAUACAUGAAUCGCUGACGUUAGGUAAACAUUAAUUGUCACUAUGCUUAAAUCGUAGAGAUCUCCAUAUACCAAAGAUACACACGAACAGAACACCCGGACAUGCGGCACUGUUGCACAGAGUGUGAGGGAAGAGAUUUAAAUUGAUUGGAAAAUGUGAAACAGAUUUGUCAGUGCAAUAGAUGAAAUACUUUAUUUACAAUUUUUCUACAGCAGUAGAUUAUACAUUUCGCCCCUUUUCUGCGAAGGCCUCUAUGAGGGUACAAUAUUACUCAUCACUUUUCUGUGAUUGAUGGUGAUUAGUUCAUUGGGAAAUUGUCGAAAUAAAAAUGACAUUUCUUUAAUUUUUUAGUUUAAAAAACUAGAAGAAAAAGAGGCCGGUGUUGAUUGACCAGAAAAAGUCUUCAAAUUUUUUAAAAUAAGAAAUGAAGAGGAAAACUUCGUUUUGAUCUGCUCCUGAUGAAUUAACGAAUUAAUAAACAAGAUACAUCAUUAAAUAAUUGAAACAAAGAAAUCCAAAAUUUCCAAAUAUCGAGGGCUGUCUCUGGCGAUUCGUGGACUGACCGCGCGUGCACUAGGUAUAAAGUGUAAUUGUGCUUAAAAUAAUUCGUUUAAUAAUUGAAAUGAUCGAUGAAAAUUUAAUGACCAAAAUUCGUCGAGAUAAAAUAAUUGGCGAAAUUAUCGUUUUCUUCAUCUAGCUAAUAGGGAUUUAAUUAAAGUUCUGAAGACUUCUUACAAGAAGCAGCUGGGAGUAGUGCAAUGUUUUUUAAUGGAACUGAAAAUUGAGUGAUAAUGAGUGAUGAAAAUUAUCCCGGUGCGUCUAAUUCACCCCCCCAAAACAUCCCAAGCUGGAUCAUCUCUCCCUAGAUCACUAGUCAAACCUGUCCAAUUCGAUUGGAUCACAGUUAAAGGUAGCGAAUACGUUCAAAUACUGAUGGUUGUGGAUGACAAUGAUGUCCGAGAUUUUUUCACUCACCAUUAUCUACUCCAAUUGACACUGUUAAUGAUAGAGAACGAGCCGAGAAAGUAAAAAAAUACCUCGAGGACGAUUAGCACGAUUUCAACCCUCGACGUAUAAACGAAAAUGGAAAAAAAAUUGAUAAAAUGAGGAGAAAAAAUCUGAAUGAAUCGAUUAAACUCGACUAAGCUAAAUUAACCAAUUUUUUCACAUUUAAAGUACUUUUUUAGUCUAAAAUUUAUCAAUCUUACCCCCACGUGUGUUUUCUAGUGAAUGAGAGUUUCGAUUGAUUGUUCUAGGGUAAUUUCAGAGAGCUCAGAGAAAGAGAGAGAGAGGGUUUUAUAUAAUAAUUUUUUUUAAUGUCAGAUGUAACGCCCACGCGUUUAUGGGAUUCCACAACACAAGACACUAAUUUGUGGAAAAUGAGAGAGAGAGAGAGAAAGAGAAAGAAAAACGAAUGUCCGGAAUAAUUCGAUGAUUUUCAGAUAACGCGACGUGCGAUUCCUGGAUUCUCUCGUCAUUGUUUUUGUGUUCCUUUUGUAAUCAUUAGUUAAAGUCAAGUGGGCUGGGAAUGAGUGCAUUAAUCGAGGCGGGUGACUAGGGGUGAAGUAGACAAACAAAUGAUAAAGAAUGUUUAAUAAACGUAAAAUGAGAAAAUUUUUGUAUCUGAAUAAAUGUUAAAUCGAUGAUGAACCAACUGGUGUCACCAUUGAAACCCAAUUCAUCCAAUUAUUCCUAGUGAUAUAAUAGUGUCGUACCGUGAGUAAAUAUGUGAAUGAGAGUGCUGUGGGAAGAAUGUGCUGAGACAUUUUUUGCGAUUACAUAAAUUCGCUGGAUUUUUCUAUCGAUUAAUCGAAGAUGCGUCGUAACCGCUAGCCAAUUUGCUCCUACGAGCUCUUUUGUACUGUUCUUUUUUCUAAAAAAGAUAAUCGAUUAGUGGUUAAUGACAGCAAUUAGUGAAAAAUGGGAAUAAAAUGAUAUAUUAAUUAAAGGUAAUGUGUAAUCUACAUUAACGAAGAAAAUACGCUUAGAAAAUUUCUUUCUUUAUUUACACUCACACUUGACACGCGCGUUACACUUAAACACAUUUCAGAAUUUUCAAUAAUCCCUUUUUCGCGAAUUGUUUAUCUUAAAGGUCCUUUGAACGUAUGAGUAGCUAGAUCGAUAUGACUUUUUUUGGACUCGGUAUUUUUCGAAAAUUUGUAUCGAUCACCGUUAUUGUUGUUUAAAUGUGGUUUGUCUGUCGUCCUUCGGAUAAUUUUCAAUAAUUUUUUUUGCGUAGACGGUUGGACAGGACAGGAUAGGGACGUACAGUCUAGUGAACGGCAGAGGUUCUUCAAUGCAAAUUUGCUGAAUUUUUUUCACGUCAGAUCAAUAAUUUUUCUCGUUUUUUUUUUUCAAUAAUAAUGAAUGGAACAGUGGACGGUUCGCAUGAAUUUUUCCAAUUUUCAGAAUUCCUUUUUUUCGUGUCAAAUGCAUUGGGGACUCGUUUCGUGUUCAUCGCGGGGUGAUCUCAACAUAUGCGGGGGGACAAUGCUUGAAUGCUAGAGAACAAAAUUAGAACAGGAGAGAGACGAUGUCAGUGACAGUGAUAUUCGUUGAUAAAAAAAGGCGUCAAAAAAUUAUGAGAAUAAUAUCGUCUCGAAAUUUAGAGGCAAGUGAGACGAUAAUUUUGAUUAUAACAUUAAAAAAAAAUGAUGAAGUGUGAGCGCGUAUGAGAGCAAAAAAAUUCAAGUACAAGCGAGUAUUGACGAAGGGUGGAAAAUUUUUUACCUUUUUCUAAAUAAAUGAAACUAACAAAAAAAAAUUGAUAAACAAAUUUAAUAUGAAUGAACUGUCGGUCGUGCAUAAAUUAAAUUUUAAAUAAAUUGUUUGUAGUGAAAAUUUUUUAAUAUGUGAGAAAAAAAGGACAAAAAUAAACAAAAAAAUUGAUUUGUUGUAAUAAAAAAAAAGAAGAGGUUUAAAAAAUUGUGAAAAAUUUUCUCGGCUUUUUUUAAUGUCGUCAGCUUUUUUCUAUGAAAAGCCCAUUUUAAGUGGCUUGAAUUUAACACAAAAAAUGAAAAAAAAAAUUGUAAAUUAAAUAUUAAUUGAAUAUGAAUAUCUACGGGGGAUAAAUAUAUAUAAUUGAUCGGUACUGCGUGGCGCAUUGAACCGAUUUAGGUGAAUAUAUUAGGUAAUAUUACUAGCUGAACGUACAGUAUUACCCGUGUACUGGAAUGUCAAGCGUUUGUUUGUAUUUUUAUUUUAUUUUCCCCAUUUUUUAUACCUAAUUACUCCUGUUUUUAUUAUUUCUCUUUUUUCUCCAUUUUUUUACAUAAAUCGUCCUUGUUAUGCAUUAAUGCGUACAUGCACGUGACAUAGAAUUAAAUCUGUUAUAAUUGAACAAGAAAAAUCAAAAUUUCUUUUGUAACAAAAAAUAAUUGAAUUGAAUAAAAAAAUGAUUGAUACUGUAACGACCCGACGAUUUUUUUUUAUGAACAAAUAUCAAUUUUAAACGAGAUCAGGAUAUAGGAGGUUGUUGAUUCGUGGAGCAGAUAUAAUUGAAGGACAGAUACGCGCAACACACGGUGACACAUCAUGGACUACCAGUAAUUGACACUUACACUGAUAUCAGUCUGUAGUGAAGUGGAUUAUUUUCAGCCUUCAAUCCCUUAAAAAAAAAUUACCCAAAAAAUUUUGUCAUCCAGAGAAAAAUUGCCAAAUAAACUGAAAUUCUCAUGUGAUAUGAGCUAAAGUCGUUACGUAAAAGUUCAAGUUCAUUUGGUAAUUUUUAUUGAAUUUUUAUUGAACUUUUCUUUACGUGCAGGAAUAAAUUUUCAGGUCAAGGACUUUAUUCUUAAUCACUGCAGAUUCUACGAUAUCAUCAGUAAAUUCCGGUCACGUCGUGACCAUUUAUAAUUAAUUUUUAGGGUAAUUGUUAUGAAUUGAAGAUAAUUUGUGGAACUUAACGAGAUUAAUUACAACAUUUUUUAGUUGUUUUUAAUAUUCAUUGGUUAUAAUUCAAUAAGUACAAUUCACUUGUGAAAUUCGCCACUUCACUACCGAAAGGGGAGGAAUGGUACACCCCACACAACUUCGAUAAUCGAUAACUCUAACAAAUCACAUUAGGAAUUCUCGUGUUGAGUAUAUGUACAAUCGAGAAUGUUCAGUGUGUUUUUCGAUAAUUAAAUUUGCUUGUUUUUUGCCACCUCUCACGUACUAAAUAUUCAAAGCGUUUUAAAUAAAAGAAUUAUCCUAUUGUAUAACAAUAUUGCUGGUAUAGUAAAAUUCAAAAAUAAGGAAAAUACUUGGAAAAAUAUUUACGAGUCGGGCUGUGUCCACAUAAGCUAUUCACGAGUUAUGCAAUUUUUCCGAAGCGUUCUCUUUAUUGAACUCUUCCUAAUUUUUAUCGAACCUUUGUUCUCACUCGAGAAUUGCGGAAUUUUCACGUAAUUUCUGUUAAAAUAUUUCUCUCCGUGAAUAAAAAAUUGUAGGACUGAUGUGCGAGCAGUCACGACGAGCAAAUUUUUUGUCAAUGUCCUGGUCGUGGCAAAAACGAUGAAUUUUGCUCGUGAAUCAGUUCCCUUCGUUUAUCGAUUGUGAGCAAAGGGGAUUUAAAACCAAUAAUUAUUUAUUCUACAGAGCCACCGCACCACCCCAAUCGAUAUUUGCUAAGGCCCUUGGACCCUGUGACAGUCCUAUUCAGUAGUCAAAUAAUUAAUAAUCGUAGAUUGAUUAAUGAAGGAAAAAAUAAUAUAGAUAGAAUUUAUUUUUUGGUCGCAUAAUAUUGUUAUCGAGGAAUAAAUUAGCGAAUGAUAUUUGAAAAACGUGUGCGUGUGUGUGCGUGGGUUGUAUCUGUGGGAGUGAGAGAACACGAAUUAUUUGGGAUGGAGAACUCGACGAAAAAGGGAAGCAAAUGGUGAACACAAAAUUUAUGAUCAGGAACAGGUGCAGUUUUAGAAAAUGACUUUUUAAAUUUCAGGUGAUUAGUCACGCGAUUUCUAAUGACGGAGGAAUUAUGAAUUUUCUGAAUUUCCGAUUUAGAAAUAUUUGUUUCGAUUAAUAUUUUUAGAGAUAUUUUCCAGAUCGAUAAACUUCUAAUGAUGAGAAGGUGUUGGCCUUCGCGAUCGUGAAAAUUUAAUGAACAUUUCCAUUUCUAAUUGGGAUCGAACGCUCGAGAUUAGGUGACAGAAAAGGAUCGAUUCUCAUUCGAUUUCAGGUGAUGGGAUCGAUGAUUUCAGAGGUUUGCGAAGAAUAGGACUACAACCGUAAUUGUUUAAAUAAUUCCAUCAAUUUAGAAUUAAUGAUUUCAGAGGGAUCGAAUGAAUUUUAAUCAAUAAAAGAAAUCAAUAAAAGAAAAUUAUGUUACUCUUUUGUAAACCAAUCGAAGGUCAAAAUCUCUUGCCUCCGCUAACUGCAGUGAAUUCCUGAAUUCCCCUCGCCAAUCGCCCCAAAAAUUCCCCUCCCCCCUGACAAAAACACUGAGAAAAAAAAAAUUUUUUCCAAAUAUCCAUUUACUUGAGGAAAAUAUUUAUUUACUCAAUCCUCCAUUUCUAAUUCGAGUACCCCAACAAUUAUGUUAUAUCUCGCUCCGCAAUUACGUACGUAAUUUUUAAUGAAUAUUUUUCUUCGUGCAAUGAGAGAGUCCUUCGGGUAAAAUAAAAAAUUCCCAAAAUCGCGGAGGGAAAAUGAAAAAAAAAUAUCGCGAUGAUUUGGUAGAGUGCGGUGGCUGUAUUGUGGCAUUAAUAAAAUUAAGAAUAAUCUGUAAUGAGGUAACUGGUGAUUUUGAUUAAAUCUGAGUGUCUGACACGCGAGUCUCUGUGUUCGUUUACAAUAAAAAUGAGAAAAAAAAAAUUAAAUGUCAAUCCGUAAACCCCAUUGGAUGUUUUACUGUACUUUGAACGAAUUUCAGGCUGUGAAAUCACCGUUUAUUCGGUUAAAAAUGGCAACCAGAUGUGUUAGAUUGGUAAAUGGACACGAGAAUACAUUCAAUGCCUCAUUCGGAUAACAGUAAAAUCCACCUACGUGUAACGCGAUUUAGCAUGCGAGUCAAUGAUUAAUUCAAUGAUUAAUUAAUUAAUUAAUUGAUCAACGGGAUUGGAUUUAAGUAAUAGGAGAAUCGAUAGCAUGUAAUAACGGAGAAAUUGAUGCCGCGUGGUAAUUUAUAAAGGUAAAGAGUGUGUCAUUGCGAGAAUAAACAAACACUCAAUACGUCUCGUUAAAUUCAAAUGAAUAUAUAAAUAAAUAAAUAAAUACAGUAGAAUUGUACUUUCGUGCUCGUUUUUUCAAUCACUAUUAUAAUUACCUAAAAGUAAUUUGUACUAUGUAACUAUUACUAUUUUUAUGAAUUUUUGUACAUUUUUCUAAUUAUUUUGUAUAAUAACCCUUAGCGGAAAGAGUGGAUUAUAACAAAAUGUGAAAAAAAAAAUACUAAAAAAAGUUUAAAACCAUUUUAAACAAGUCUGGCACCUCCUGUAAGUGUUCAAGCGGAUGUCGAUGAUGGGGAUUUUUGGAGAUAUAUAGCGAAAUAAUUAUUUAAUAAAUCUUCAGUGAGAAUUUAUGAUGAAUAUGUUCAGUGUGUGAGAGGAUUUUUUUUUUCAGAAUGGGAGAGAACUUUUGGAUUGUCAUUUCGUUGAGAAAAUCAUGAGCUGUGAGAGGAUUCCACGAGUAUCGAUGAUGUCCAAUGUCUGUCUGUAAUUUGCCCCUCUGUCUGGAAAAAUAUCGUCGCCCGCUAGUCCUUUGUCUGCCUGUGCUGUAUUUUUAAAAAAAUCAAGCAAGAAAUCAAGCUCUGAAGGGAGAUUAUUUCUCAACGUAUUUAAAGUGAGAGAAAAAUUCAAUAGUUUAUACUAUGUAGAAAUAAUUUUUCGCCUAUAAAAGAUUUUUAUGUUUUGUAUUUAAACUAAUGGAGAAUUCGCAGAAGAGAAACAGUGACGAUGGCAAAUAAUAAAUUACCAAUUAUCAGUGACACUGAGUGACAUUUUGCCGAGGUAAAUUGGGCGAAAAUUUUUGAUUGGAUGCGCGAUGCGGAGAUAUCGACUGGAUUGAGUCAGACUAUUGUUGCGAUGUACGCGCAGUGUGUGUACGUGUGUGUGGAUGUGUGGAUGUGAGAAGAAAAAAAAAACCUCCUUCGUAAUCGAGACGUGUUUGUUAUAAUUAUAAGAGUCACUUUUUUUCCUUUUUCUUGAAAAAUGAAAAUGCUAUAAAAAUAGAUCAAUUCUUUCAUGGAA